AUGCUGCUAAGGGUGCCACUACGUCUUGGUAGGUUUUAUACCUCGUUAGAAUACCCUGCUAUUAGGAUACGAGAUUAUUCGAAAUAUGUGUCCUUGAAAUCAGUACAGGAUUUAAGACUAGCAACCUCACCAGAUUUCGUAACGUCAGCUAAUUCGAAAUUGCAAUCUUUGAUAUGGCAAAAGCCUAUGCAAAAUGUUUUUAUUACCAAGAAACCAUGGACAGAAACUACAAGGAGUUCAAUGGUUCAUUUUAUUUCAUACUUACACGACUCGUUUCCCGAAAUCAACGUUAUUGUACAACCAGAUGUUGCUGAUGAGAUUGCUCAAGAUUUUAGAAGUACACCACGUCAAGACCCCCAUCAACCUCACAUUUUGUAUACAGGAACUGAUGAAGAAAUUGUGAGUAGAACCGAUCUAUUGGUUACGUUGGGUGGUGAUGGUACUAUUCUACGUGCAGUGUCAAUUUUCGGCAAUAGGCAAGUACCACCAGUAUUGGCUUUUUCACUGGGUACUUUGGGAUUUCUACUGCCGUUUGAUUACCAAGAACAUCGAAGGGUUUUCGAAAAAGUUAUUAGUUCAAGGGCUAAAUGUUUGCAUAGAACUAGAUUGGAGUGCCAUAUUAUCCGUAAUGGGCAAAGUGAGGACUGCUCGCUGGCAACCUCUCUACACGCAAUGAACGAUCUUUUUCUUCACAGAGGUAAUUCACCACAUUUAGCCAACUUGGAUAUCUUUAUCGAUGGUGAUUUUUUGACAAGAACUUCAGCUGACGGUGUUGCAUUUUCAACACCAACUGGUUCAACUGCAUAUUCUUUAUCAGCAGGUGGCUCAAUAGUUUCACCUUUGGUGCCUAGUAUCUUAUUAACACCAAUUUGUCCCCGUUCGCUUUCUUUCAGACCAUUAAUUUUACCCCAUUCCUCUCACAUUAGAGUUAGAGUCGGUUCAAAAGCUACACAGGGACCUGCUAACGCCAUGGUCAAACUAUCAGUAGAUGGUAUUCCACAGGAAGAUUUGAGAAUCGGUGAUGAAAUUCAUGUAGUUAAUGAAGUGGGGACCAUCUAUUUGAACGGUUCGCAACUACCAAGCACAUCCAACAAGAGACAAGUCAGCGAGAGGAGGAAGAGUAUAAAGAACUCAGGAAUCUACUGCAUUGCCAAGACCGAGAACGACUGGACCAGGGGUCUUAACGAACUACUAGGAUUUAAUUCUAGUUUCAGGUUGACAAAACCCCAGAAGGAAGAGGAACUCGAAAGAGAUCUAACGGACUAG